AUGUCUCCAACAGAACGAGACUCGAGGCCGAGAGCCGCAGCGUGGCACAGCAAGUCACCACCACCACCGCUUUGCUUUGCGGCGGGGCCGUGUCUGUAUCGUGUAUGUGCCGUACGUAUGCAGUUUGUGCCCCGCAGUGACGGACGAGCUGUGGGAAGGCUUCUGGUCUCCAGAUUAAGGAAAGACGCGGAAAAGACGCCCAUUGGAAGGGUGUCGGCAAGCCUCAAUGCUGCUAAGGUGUGGAUAGCCGAGCGCUCUCCCUCCAUGCUUCGCCAUUGGCGCUACACGUUGUGCUUGUUGGGAGGCGUGCCUGUUUGUUCGAGCGCAAGAGGUCCCAGAGGAAGCUCACUGUGGUACUGCUCACUGGCGGGCAAGGGGCCGUCCGUGGGCAAUCUUGCCGUUUCUUGCUUGAUAUUCCGCCUUGUGCCGACUGCGGUUCUGUGGCCACCACGCCUGCUGCUGCUGUCGCUGCUACUUAUCCUAGAGCGGCACCUGUCCCAGCUCCCUGCCUUACAGGUACCUUCCAUCCAGCCGACCCUGGCAGAGACCACCGCCUUCUUCCGCCAGCGUCUGGAGCUGUACCGCCGGGUGUCUGCUGCCACCGCCGCCGGUGAAGCAUGCGAGGAGCUGCACAAGCAGGUGGCGGCUCCAGGGGCGGACGACAUGGCGCUCGUGGAGGUGGCGCGGGCGGAUCUUGCGGCGUUAGUGGCACCAGUAACAGCGGCGCUGGAAGGCGGCCUGUCGGCUACAGUCGCCGCCAGCCUGGCGGAGCCGGAGACGGUGGUCGUGCUGUGGGAGCAGCUGUUGGCCGCCGCCGCUGCAGCGGCGGCAGCGCCGCCACCUCCGCUGAUGCUAUGGCUGGGGGUGUCGGGGGCACAUUUGGUGGCACAGCUGGUAUGCGCUCACAGACAGUUGUGUUACAUACACGAAGUCGCUCUCCCUUCCGCAUCCUACAUGCUCCACCAGUACAGCACGUGUUGCCCAAACUGGAACUCCUCAUACCUUACCGUUGCAACCUCGCCCUUUGUGUGUCCCUCACGCCCGGGGUCGCCCCUGCCCUCACACCGCACCGGCCCGCAGCUGCGCGCCGCACUGCAGCCGCUGCCGUGGCUGCUGGGCGGCCUGACCCGCAGCGCCCCAGCACCGGCGACCGCCAGCCCACAUUCGGUGGCCGGCUGGGCCCACAGAAGGCCAGUGUUCGGAUGCGGCUGCAGCUUGGGUUGCUGUGUGCGGCUUGGUCGGCAGCAGUGGUGGGAGCAGCAUGCGCUGCUGCUGUACGGGCAGCACCACACGGUGGUGAUGCUGGCUCUGGAGGUCAUGGGCCGGUGCCACCGCUACCUGUGGUCCCUACCGGUCCUGCACCGGACGCCGCUACUCACAACCUGGCAGCCGCGGCGGGCGGUGCUGUACCUUGACGUUGUUCAUCUGAAUGCUGCCGCUGCCGCAGCCACGUCAGCGGUGGUGACACCCAGAAGCUUGGAUGCAGCUGCUCAUGCAGCGCCUCCACUGUCGCCUGAUAUGGCUGCGCUGCCACACCUGCCGGCGGUGAUCGAGCUCCUGGGCUGGACCUUGCGCUAUGCGGAGGAGUUUUACAAUAUCCAUUUUGCCACCCGUGCUGCUGCCGCCGCCAUAGUAGCUGCCGGAGACACUGCAGUGAAGGUUGCAUUAUCCCCCACUCCAUCGGAAGUGUUGCCGGGCGCACCAUCGGCAGCACCAUCAGCAGCGCCAUUGGUGGUGAACGCAUCGCGGGAAUCCGCUUCGGGCAGUAAUGUUCCAAACCGGCGGCGAUCAGCAUCUGUGCCUGUGGCCGCGGCCGACGACACGGUGUCCUCCCAGCCGGCCCUGGUGCCUCCCCCACCGCCUGCAUCUGCGGCAGUGUUAGCGUUGGACCCCUUGGCGGUGCUGAGCGAGGCCAAGCUGGCAGCGCGCAUGGCGGAGGAGGCUGACGUGGCAAUUGUAGUGGGCGGGCGUCUGGCAGAGGCGGGGUCCCUAGUCAAAUGGCUAUCACAGAGUGGCAUGCUGGUGCUAGCAGCGGCAGACCUGCAGCAGCCAGCGGCAGGUGUCAUCACCACGACUGGUGGCAGCGGCGAUGGUGGUGAUGAUGCUGGCGCCCGGGGGCUGGCAUGCACACUUGUCAGCCUGUUGGCAACACACCACAUGCAGGCCGCUACUGUACGGACGCUGACUCAGCCCAGCGGUCAAGGCGGCGGUGCCGGUGGCGUCCAAUCUAAAGCCCGCCCCUGCGACUCCGCUAUCACCUGCAGCACCACCCUCCACAGCACCUCCCGCAACUCCAUCAGAUCCCGCAGCCACUGCUCGAGUGUCAUUGCCGGGGGCGAGUGCAGGCGUGCAGCAGCCGCUGGCUGUGCUGACAUACCUGCCCGAUAUGGCACUCACCAAGCCUGCCCUGGCAGAGCAUGUGGUGACCUGACUCACCGGGUAGGCCUCACACUGCAGGCGCUGCAGGCCGCCUUUGCAGCGGCACCCCCGCUGGCGCCACAUGCUGCCAUGCUGGCCCGCCAUGUGUCCCACCAGCAUGUGGCGCAGCAGCGGCUGUUGCUGGAGGGGUUGCUGCUGGCACCGGAGCUGCACCGCACCCGGCACCCGGCAACCAGGGACGGUGCCGCUGCCGGAGUGGCAGUGUGGCCGCCACCGUGUCCGCUGCAGCAACAGCGGCGGCAGCAGGGCCCAGCGGCUUGCUGUGGCAGCCAUGGGGUCGUGUCAGCAGUGUGGCAGUGGCGCCACCACUGCUAG